AGAAAAAGAUACGAGAGGAGCUGAAGAGAGAACGAGAGGAAUGGGAGAAACAGAAACAACAGGAAAGACAAAGAAGAGAAGAAGAGGAGGAUAAAUGGAGAAAGAAAGAGCAGGCAACAUGGGAUGAAUGUAACCAGAGACUUAUAGAAGAGAGAGAGAGAAUGGAAAGAGAGAAGGAAGAUCUCCAAUACAAACAUGAAAAAGAGAAAAAGCGAAUGAAGCUGAUGAUUGAUGAGGAAAGAGAGACUCAUGACAAAGAAAGGAAGAGAAGAGAAGAGGAAUUUAGGGAGAGAGAAGAACGAUAUAAAACUGAGAUGAAAAGAGAACGAGAGGAAUGGGAGAGACAGGAACAAGAAGCAAAACGAAAAAGAGAUGAAGAGGAGGACAGAAGGAGAAAGAUAGAACAGGAAACAUGGGAUGACUAUUAUCAGAAACUUAAACGAGAGAGAGAAAGAAGACAGAGAGAAAGAGAAGAUCUUCAGUUCAAACAUGAACAAGAGAGAGAGAGAAUGAAGAUGAUGGAGAAAGAAAGACAAAAUCAUGAAAAAGAAAGAAAGAGAAGAGAAGAUGAAUAUAUUGAAAGGGAAAAACAAUAUAAAACAGACAUUAAAAACAUAGAAGAACAAGAGAGAAAGAUAAGAGAGGAGCUGAAGAGUGAACGAGAAGAAUGGGAGAAACAGAAACGAGAAAGAGAAGAAAAGGAAGAAGAAAGACAAGUAUUUGAGGAUCUUUACACAGAAAGUUCUGAGGAUGAUGACGAUUCUUCAUCAGAUUCAGGAUGUUUGAGAAUCUUACUGUUUGGGAGGACAGGAAGUGGAAAGUCUGCAACAGGAAACACUAUCCUUGGAAACUAUGAGUUUCACAGUGAAGCCAGUUCACGUUUGGUGACCACUGUUUGUCAGAAGGGAGUUGGUGAAGUUGAUGGUCAGUCAGUAUCUGUUAUUGAUACUCCAGGACUCUUUGACACAACACUGACAAAAGAACAAAUGCAGGAAGAAAUAUUGGAAUGUGUUUCACUGUCAGCACCUGGACCACAUGCCUUCAUCAUUGUGCUGAGUGUGGAACAAAUCACUCCAGAGGAGAAAGACACUUUAGACAUGAUCAAGAUGAUCUUUGGCACAAAAGCAGCAGAUUUCUGCAUUGUUCUCUUCACAAGAGGAGAUAAUCUGAGAGGACAAACGAUAGAGCAAUAUGUAGAGAAAAGUAAAGAUGCUGAUCUCAAGAAACUGAUCAGUGACUGUGGAAACAGAUUCCUGGCUUUUAACAAAACAGAAAAUCAUGAUCAGACACAAGUUACUCAUCUGUUAAAUAUGAUAAAAGAGAUGAAUCAAGGCCAAUACUUCACUAAUGAGAUGUUUUACGCAGCAGAGAUCUCCAUAGAAAAAAUAAGGGAAAUGAUAAUAGAGAAUGAAAGACAAUAUCAGUCUGAAGUUAAAGAAUUAAAAGCCAUAUAUGAUAUGCAAUUUAAAAGCAUGAAAAAAACACUAAAUGAGAAAAAACAAAAGAUACAUGAGGAAAAACAGAGGCUGAAGAACAAGUUCAGAGAACAAGAGGAAACCUUAAGGAGAGAAUUUGAGGAGAAAGAAAAAUCAGAUCAGGAGAAACAAGAGACGGAGGAUCAGAAACGAUCAGAAGAAGAGAAACAGCAAAGACAUGAAUAUCAUCAGAGAAUAGAGAAGAUGAAGAAAGAGAUUGAAGAUCAGAGAAUACAGUAUGAAAAACAGCAAAAAGAAAGAGAAGAAGAAGAAGAUAGAAUGAGAGGAGUAGAGUUUAAACAAGAUCAAGAAAAAAUGAAAAAUGAUCAUGAACACAUCAUGGUAGAGUUAAGAAAAAAACAGGAAGAGGAAAUAAAAAAGAGAGAUUUCGCGGAACAAAUGAGGAAUGAACAAGAAGAGAAAGAGAGAGAGGAAUGGGAGAGAAAAAUAAAAGAGACUGAAAGUGACAAAGAGACUCAAGAGGAAAUUAAACAACAGCAGAGAGAAUGGGAAGAAGAGAAGAACAGACAGAUGAGAGAACGAGAGGAAGAGGAAAGAGAGUCAAAAGAGAGACACAUGAAACAACUGAGAAAAAAACAAGAAGAACUGGAGAAGAUAAGGAAGAAAUUUGAAAACAACAGAGAAGAAGAAGAACAGAUGAUAGAGGAGGAGAGAGAGAAACUGAAAAGAGAGACAGAACAGAAGAAAAGAGAAUAUGAAGAAAAGAUAAAUGAAAUGGAGAGACAUUGUGAGCAGCUGGAGCGAGAGAGAAAAGAGGAGUGGAGGAGAAGGAAACGAGAGGAUGAAGAGAGACGAGUGGAGAAGAGAAAUAAAUGGGAGAAAAUGAUAGAAGAUCUGAAACAAGAGCAUGAGGAGGAGAUCAAGAGAAGAGAAAGAGAGGAGACAGAAAGAAUAGUCAGAGAAGAAAGAGAGUGUGAUGAAAUGAAACAGCAACAGAAUGAACAAAUAGAGAGGAUGAAGAAGAAACAUCAAGAUGAAGCCAGAAAUUUUAAUGAUUUCAGAGAGAGAAAAGAACAGCACAAUCAGGAGCUCAAGGAGAGACUUGAAGAGUUUCAAAAACAACAGAAUAAAGUGAAAAGAUUAAGAAUGGACCUGGAAGAUAAAUGGUCAUGUCAUGUCAUGUGAAAAAUUAUUGAUCAGCCAAAUGAAUGGCAACUUGACUUUUGUAGUGAAUUUGAAGGGUUAUUCGGUCUUUCUCUUUCUUUCUUCAUAUAAUCAAGGUUAUUCCCACAUGCUCCUGAAGGCUCACUGUCAUGCAGAUUUUAAUCACUUACUGAACAUACCAGUUAUUAUUAAGAGAUCAUGUAGACCUUGAUGAGUGGAUUUUAAUAGACCUGAAUUAAAAUGAUCAUACAAAAUACAUUUUUUGGUAGAUUAAAAAAAAUGAUGAAUUAUAGCAGAUCAUAAAAGAUAAAAAAAAAGAUAGAAAACUGAUGUCAGCUGUUCAUGGACUGUAAAGUCUCUCAUGCAGUAGAUAAAACCUAAGAUGCUGAUCAUAAUAAUACCAUAACUAAAAAGUGUUAAAGGAAGUUGUGAUGAGUGGGGCGGGCCGAGGGACGUGGGAACGAGGAGCGAGACCGGUGAGUGUCGCAGGUGUUGCUCGUUCCCACGUCCCUCGGCCCCGCCCCACUCGUCACAGAA